AUGCCCCCGUUUCUUCCUCCGUCUACCUCUGGAGUAUACGUUGGCCAGAAACGCAACAGCGAUGGCAUAGCCUCGGAGUACCCACGUUCGAAGAGGCAUGCAACCGAUAAUGUCGCAACGGCUGCUCCACAUGCAGGGGCAGCGCAUGGUAGCGGUGAACGGUAUUGGAAUGUUCAAUGGAGAGUUCCGCAAGCUCGGAAGCAUAAGACAUGGGAAGGCGAUGGAGUAUUGUUGGUCAAUGGGACAACCGGAUCCCUCUUCGACUCUGACGGCAAAUUGUGCGCAUGGAGUACCAAAUCAGAACCUCUCACUGACGGCAGCGAGUUCCCCUUCGGCAACAAGGACAUUCUCAUCGAUUGUCCUCUUUCGCGUGCAGAAUUUCUUUCUGGACGAUGCUUUGGGCGCAACACCGCCGUCUUCUCUGCUGUUGAGGAAAUGCAAAAGCCCCGCACUUCUGAGAAGAAAUUCGUCCCCUUCAAGCCUUCUUCUAAGGCUUCAAGCUCCGAGGAUAAAGCUUUGGAGUCUUACUGGGCCGUGAACUGGCGAAAGCACCAGCAGAAGAAGCACAAGACCUGGGACGGGGAUGCCUGGCUCGUCCACCGAGGGGAUAAACUUACAUUGAUAUCAGAAAGUGGCAAGAUCCUCGGUUCCAAGACCUGGGAAGGCGGCAAGCCAAGUCGUGGCUACCAAACUCAUAUUGGUGGUCGUGAGAUACAAAUCGACAACGAGGUCAAGCGAUCAAGCAUCCCAUCUAUCACCGGCACGUCACCUGAAUCCCAGAACGACGAUGUGGAAUUUGUGGAUCCUUCUACGACCCCCAGAAAGGCCUCGUUCCUUGCGAAAGCACAAGCUGACCAGCCAACGCGCUCGCCGAUCCGGAAUUCACCGUCGUCUGUCCAGAAAUAUGUACCUCCCAAAUCGUUCUAUGGAACGCUCCCACCGAAACUGAAACCUAAGGGACCUCUGCAUGAUCCUGAUGCUGAAGGGGCCGUUGUGAUGAAGGCGCCAACAGAGGAACACAUGACGAAAUACAACAAGAAGUACUCCCUUCCAAAUUCCCCCGUCGUUCCCGUCGUCAUCGAUCCCGUUCUGGCUCGUCGUCUACGGCCACACCAGGUCGAAGGCGUCAAGUUCAUGUAUGAGUCUGUUAUGGGCCUACGUAAACAUGAAGGGAACGGUUGCAUUCUUGCAGACGAAAUGUUCACUAUUCGUUGGCCGUUGACAUCUACGCCACUAGAGCAAAAUCCCUACAUUGAUAGGGGUCCUGUCGUGGGCAAGGUCCUCAUCGUUUGUCCUGUGACCCUCAUCAACAAUUGGAAGAACGAGUUUCACAAGUGGCUAGGGAGAGACAGAGUUGGAAUCUUCGUGGGAGACAAGGAUAAAAGUGCCAUCAAACAGUUUAUCAACUCGAAAAUCCACCAUGUUCUCAUUGUGGGUUACGAGCGCCUACGAAGUGUUAUGUACGCCCCCAUUUUGCCACCAAUCGGGCUCAUUAUUGCGGAUGAAGGACAUCGGCUCAAAUCAGCGGACAACAAGACUUCCAAAAUGUUUGAAGCCUUGAAGACGCCAAGGAGAGUGAUUUUGUCUGGAACGCCAGUGCAGAACUCUCUUCGUGAAUAUUUUGCCAUGGCGGACUUCUGCAACCCUGGGCUACUAGAUGACUAUAACACCUUCCGGCGCGUCUAUGAGACCCCUAUCUUGCGUAGUAGGACGCCAGGUUGCACCAAGAAGGAACAGGAGCUUGGUGAAGCUCGGUCGGCCCAGUUGCAAGCUAUUUCCCGCAGCUUCGUCCUUCGGAGAGAGGCUGGGAUUCUGAAGAAUUAUCUACCCCCGAAACGUAAGUACUGUAUUUAUGAGCGUCGGCAACCGAGACUGAGGCAUUCGGCGAUCCUUUUAGAUGAAUAUAUUGUUUUCGUGACGCCGACGCUGUUACAACUUUCCAUCUUCUCCAAAAUUCUCAACCCGGACAAACUGGACAAUAUCAUCCAGAGCUCGACCGCCGAGUCUCUAGCCCUUAUCAACAUGCUCACCAAGAUCAGUAACAGCCCCAUCCUCCUCAAGGCUGUAGCCGACAAGGCGAAGGCUAAGGCGAAAGGCGAAGGCAACAUAGCCAAAACUUCCGCCGUGGAAGAGGCCGUCAAACUGCUUCCCAAUGGGGCACAAGUCCACGAUGUGUCAUUGAGUGGUAACUUCGAUAAUACCAUGCUUAACGAUCCCCCUCAGCGAACGGACGAGAAGUGUAUUGUUGUCUCCCACUAUACGUCCACGUUGAACAUCUUGGAAGAGUUCUGCAAGAAGAAGUCUUACACUUUCCUGCGGCUAGAUGGUCAAACCCCAGCAGGAAAGCGGCAAGAACUUGUUAACACCUUCAACAAGUCGUCACAAGAGCGCUGCUUCAUGUUCCUUCUGAGUUCCAAAGCAGGGGGCGUAGGCCUCAACCUCAUCGGUGCUUCGAGACUAUGCCUCAUCGACUCGGACUGGAACCCGAGUCACGACCUUCAAUCGAUGGCGAGAAUCCACCGAGAUGGCCAACGGCGUGAAGUGUUCAUAUAUCGCUUCAUGACUGCGGGGACCAUCGAUGAAAAGAUUUUCCAGCGUCAGACGACGAAACUUGGUCUGAGCACGCUUAUCGGCAAUACCAAGUCGGAAUCUAAGUCAGAUUCAUUCACCCCGAAGGAAUUACGAGAUAUUUUCACUAUCCAUCCGCACACAUCCUGCCACACGCAUGAGCUCCUUGAUUGUCCAUGCGACCAAUCCGACAACAUCGAUCCCUUCGAACGUUCGAUGUCCGACGGGGGCGGUGAGGUCUCUGGAGUUCCAAAGGGUUUCGUGAACGCAUCCCAGGUGAAGCCUGAAGAGGUGCCACUUAUCGACAAGGCCUACAAGAAGAAGAAGAAAGCAGAGCUCGCCGCGCUCGGUGAAUGGACUCACAUCAACUGUUUACGCCCAGACGCGAUAACCAAGAUCCAAGACGAGCUGCUGAGGACGCUUAUAUUUUCGCCGAAACCUUUACCAGGCUCGGCUUCGACUUCGAACCCUCCGACUGGAGGUACAACCAGUAGGAUCGAUUCCCUCCUAGCCGCCGUCGACAUCGACAAUGUCGCCCAGUUGGAUCUCGCGGCUUUGACGGUUGAUGAUGUUCCUGGUGGUACUUUGUCCUUCCUCUUUGAAAAGAACUCCAAGGUAGAUGAGGAAGACGAGGAGGCUGUUCCAGACAGUAGUACGGGCGAGGAAGGCGAGGACGAAGACGAUGACGAGGCUGCUGCGAACAGUGUGGAUGAAGAAGAGGAAGAAGAAGACGUGGAGUAG